CUGGGCCGUCUCGACCGCGUGCUCGAUCCGGAGCUGGACGAGUCGGUCCUGUCGCUGGGGUUCGUGGAGAGCGUAGAAGGGGACGACGACGGCAACGUGGAGGUGUGCCUGAGGUUGCCCACCUACUGGUGCGCCGCCAACUUCUCCUACCUGAUGGCAUCCGAUGUCCGCCGCGAACUGGCCAGUGUGGCAGGGGUGCAAUCGGUUGCGGUCAGGCUGGGCGAUCACUUCGUCGGCAGCGAGGUGCAGGAGGGCACGGGCUCCGGCAAGACCUUCGGAGAGGCUUUCCCCGAAGGCGGCCCCGACACCCUGGAGGAGACGCGGCAAAUCUUUCUGCGGAAGGGAUAUUUCGGUCGUCAGCAACGGCUGCUGCAGGCCCUGAGGCGCGCCGGGCUGUCCUUCGGCGAGAUUGCCGCGCUGCGGGUGGGCGACGCGGAAUCACUCCCGGUUAAUGAGCGUCUGAUCGACCGGUACCUUGAGCGGCGCGAGGAACUGGGUCUGGACUGCUCGGAGACCGUGGCGCUCGUCGUCAACGUAAAGGGCGAGGCAAUCCCGUCACAGGACCUGGAGACCUAUUACGUUCGGGCGCGGACCACCCGGCUGGCCAUGGAGGCCAGCGGUUCGCUCUGCUCUGCGAUGCUGGAAGCCCGCAACUCGAACUGGACUUCUACGUAA